AAGCCCACUGAAUAUAUAUACCGGCAAGUAGACCAGCUGAUUUCAUAGUCAGUUUAAGUUUCCUCGUUGAUCGGACGGAUAUUUACCCUGACAGUUCACUCUAAACAACACUGGAUUUUAUUCUGUUUGAUCUCUGUAUUUAAAAGCUUCAUUUCAAGAUGGUUCGCGUCGUGUGUCAGAAUUUCCAGCGGCCUAGAAGCCGGCAUACCUCGGGCGAGUCGCCGUAUUCCCUUGAUUCGGACUUGGCACGGAGAGCGGCUGAGGCCUUGACCACAAUGACUGCAGCGGAGGGACGCAAGUUUGAUUCUGAUACAGAAACAUCUAGCGAUGCUUGUUGGGAAUCGGAUGGAGGUACAUGUUGGGAUGUUGGCACUAGCGACAGCGGAGCGGAGCCCGCGAGAGACAAGGAGGCCAUGCUGAAGAAGCGCAAGGCAAGGCGGAGGGAAAGAAAUAAGGUUUCAGCACAGGCGUACCGUCAGCGGAGGAAAGAACAGACGCUCUCUCAGCAAAAGAUUCUGACACAGCUGGAGGACCACCAGAGGGAACUGCUUGAGCAGGUCGAGAAACUGCAGAAGGAAAAGAUGCAGGUUGAGACCUUUCUCCGCAGCUGUUUCAAACGACAGGACACAACCCCACAGACGUCGUCCCCCAAGGACGCCAUUGCUCAUCAUUUCCAUAAUAAUCAUCGACAUCAUGAGAAUCUUUGUCAUUCUUGUAACAUUCCCGCAAUCAUGAGCGUAUCGUGAAGAGGUGGCAUCGCCGGUGUAGGGAGUUCAAAGCGGAUCCCGGCAGGGACGGAUUGAAACCAGGGUACCACGGAAACCUGGAGUCUCGCUGAGUGUCUUGGAGAGGGAUCCGAAAGGACGUGACGAGUUCGACCACUUGGGUGAUCGAAUCUUUCUUUAUGAGAUUUGUGUUUAUUGACAUUGAAUCCCAUUUUGAGACAGUCUCUUAUAUCUCGUCAUAUAUCUCGCGUACCAUCAUCUCAAUCAUAUCAAGGAGACCCGUAAGUGGACAGAGACUAAUGAUGGGGCCCCGAAUGGGGGUCGGCGCGGGUACUGGGCAAACCACAGAACGGAAUCGCCUUGUUUACUCAUUAUCUUUCAUGUCAGUGUAGUUACUACAUAACCCUACCUCUAUCGACCUAUAGCUGAACAUUGCUGUCGUCGUUCUUGAUCAUGUUCAAUCUCCAUAUUGUGUGUCAUUCAGUUCGUAUUUGGACAAUCUGGUCAGUGUCUGAUAGUUAAUAAUAUCUAUCUGCAGUUCCAAUGUUAGUGACGUCAUGGUAUUGUCUUACAUUGUGUGUGAAACUGACUUCCUCGGUCGGUCCUCGCGAUCUGCCAACAGUUAUCUCCCUUCUAAGCGUGAGGUCACGUGACACUGACGUCACCAAUUUUAAAGAUUGCAUCAGUCAAAGUCGGUCACCUAUGGCAACAGGAGGCUCUGUUCAGAAGAUCUUGCGUCAGAAAGAGGUUAUUGUGUCAAAGCCAGCUUCCGAGAUUAACAAUACUCUUACAAUUUACCUCUAGGAAUAACGGUAAUCAAACAACCUCAGCAUUGUAGUGUCAUCUCACCAUUUUUCUGGCUUUUUCCAAAAUUUACUCGCAAUGGAUUUGUUGUACAUUCAUUUCAGUUUGUACUUCUCAUUUUCCUUACCAUAAAUCUAGAAGUUGUAGAGGUGCUAGAAUAUAGUCGAGAAAGGCUGCACAUGCAGGCCUUUUGGGGUUUGAUUGUAUGCAGAUAAAAGCACUAAUGUUCUCACGAUUGGUUGUAAAUGCAUAGUCUAUUUUUAUUCAGGGAAAACCCUGUCGAUGCGUGUAACGAUCACAAAAUGGCAUUUUCAAAUUGUUAAAAUUUGAAUAAAAUGUCCACUACCAGGGCAGUAAAACGUCAUGUACGAAACAAUGCGUGCGGUUUACUUUGACUGGGUUUCUGACAUCUGUGCGCUCUUCUCUCGAUGAAUGAACACAUGAUGGCACAGUAGUGUUCAUAUACGUUACCAUGGAAACAGCCAGAUUGGCAAAGUGACAUAUAUUCGUUAUUGUAUGUAUACGUCUUUGAAUAUUCAAAUUGCAUAAGUCUUUCAUAUUUUUGUACAAUAAAACUGUGUUUAUUGCACUAAGGUUUAA